AUGUGGGAACUGUCUGGCCGGCUGGCCACGCCCACCCAGUCCGGCUACCUGCUCAGCUUUUAUCUCCAGCCGCCCCCGCAGCCCCGCCCCCCGGAGCCGCCACCUAUCGGACGAGACGUCUUUGGCCGGCGUGCUGACAUUGGCUGGCCGUGCGAGCUGUUCCCUUUCCUGUUGUCACCCGUUAUCUCCGCAGACAGGCCUGCUACAGCGCACACGCCUUCCUCUCGUCUCCUCCCCGCCGUCUGUGGGUGCUGCCGGGUGAAGCAUGGCGGCGGUGGUGAGAAGAGUGUGCGAGACGGAGCACUGCACCAGCGAGGCCAAGCUGCAGUGCCCGACCUGCCUCAAGCUGGGCAUCCAUGGCUCGUACUUCUGCUCGCAGGAAUGUUUCAGGGGAAGUUGGGCAGCACACAAGAUGUUGCACAAAAAAGCAAAUGAGAAAGCAAAAGCUGAGGUUUCACCUUGGACAAUGGAAGGAGAAAUCAACACAGACCCUUGGCUGGGCUAUCGCUACACUGGAAAGCUCAGGCCAUACUACCCAUUGAUGCCAAUGAGACCAGUACCAAGCUACAUACAAAGGCCAGAUUAUGCAGAUCACCCUUUAGGAAUGUCUCAGUCUGAACAAGCCUUGAAGGGAACCUCCCAAAUUAAAGUACUUUCUCCAGAAGAAAUUGAGGGAAUGCGUGUUGUAUGUAAGCUGGCUAGAGAAGUCCUGGAUGUAGCUGCUUUGAUGGUGAGGUCUGGAGUUACUACUGAAGAGAUAGACCAUGCAGUACAUUUGGCAUGUAUUUCAAGAAAUUGCUACCCUUCUCCACUGAAUUAUUACAACUUCCCAAAGUCUUGUUGUACAUCUGUUAAUGAAGUCAUCUGCCAUGGGAUUCCAGACAGGAGACCACUGCAAGAUGGAGAUAUUGUGAAUGUGGACAUUACAGUCUAUCACAAUGGUUACCAUGGAGAUCUCAAUGAAACCUUUUAUAUUGGAGAAGUAGACGAGGGAGCAAAACGGCUUGUUCAGACUACUUUUGAGUGCCUAAUGCAAGCAAUUGAUGAAGUGAAGCCUGGUGUUCGAUACAGAGAACUUGGAAACGUUAUUCAGAAACAUGCUCAAGCUAAUGGUUUCUCUGUUGUUCGAAGCUACUGUGGACAUGGUAUUCACAGAUUAUUUCAUACUGCUCCAAACGUGCCACACUAUGCCAAAAACAAGGCUGUCGGUGUGAUUAAACCAGGGCAUGUGUUUACCAUUGAACCAAUGAUCUGUGAAGGAGGGUGGCAAGAUGAGACCUGGCCAGAUGGUUGGACUGCAGUGACAAGAGAUGGAAAACGUUCAGCUCAGUUUGAACAUACCCUUUUAGUCACAGAGACUGGAUGUGAGAUAUUGACAAGAAGAAUGGAAGACAAUGGACGUCCUCAUUUUAUGUUUUAGCAUCCCUCUUGUUGUCUUAAUUUAGUUGGUAUUAAUGGUGUGUCAGCCACUUUACACCAUAUGUUUUUACAUGACAAGUACCUGAAGAAAACAUGGUUUUAUCACACCUUUACAUAUCUGUAUGUGAUAGAGGAAAACACCAUGUGGCUUGAAAUAGUGUGUUAAGCAACUCUUGAAACCAGGAGAAAACAGGUCUUUAUAUAUUUUUUGUAUCUUUUCUUGCCUUUUUAUUGCCAUCUGUUUGUUUUAAGAACCCCUUCACCCUUAAACAUUCUGUUCCUUGCCUUCUAAGUUUCCACGGACAGAAACACAUGUUGCCUCCACAGUGACUCUUUAUACUGAUGAUGGUUGUAUUUUACAGUUUGGGUUUUGGGGUGCCGAUGUUUUUCUUUCAGUAUAUUCUAGCUAUGCAUUUGUGUUGCAAUGUGAGAGAUUGGGCUGCUUCUCAAUUCUGGCUGUCUUUAUGCUGCUGCUGACAUGUAGUUAGGGGAAAUACAUGUCUGGCCUCAUGGAAUGAAAUAUGUAGGUUCUGGUACACUUAUCUAGUGGUUUUUACUGCUCCAUACUCUACAAUGCUGAUGAGGACAUCUUUUUGCAUUAUUGGAGUUGGUUAGUUUUUGGCAUCCCAAGCCUGUAGUAGCUCAGUCACUGGAAAUAUCAGACAGUAAAGUGACUUUCUCUGGUUGGCUGAUUGUUCUCACCUCUUGGUAAUCUUGGUGCCUUCAAGCAUGGAAAGCCAAUGAUCCUAUCUAGUAGUUUGCAGUAUGAGCCUGUUAUGGUUUAAUCUCUGACUGACUGUUGUAUGUUUGUCUACAUAUUAAGGCUCUUGAAGACAUUACGUACAGUUUGCUCUGAUAAGGCUACUUAAGUGACUUGCACAUCAGGUGGCUACUGAGCAUGUAUGCUUUCUUACAGGAUAACAACAACAAGAUUUUAGUUCUAUACAUUUAAUAAUUGUCUGCUGAAUUGUGAAAAAUAUGAUUUUGCAUCUGUUUUACCAUCCCCCUUCACUGCCUUCUUCUAUUUAAAUAGUCACUGUCUUUAAACAGACUUUGUAUAAAUCAGUGAGAUACUGACACUAGAGCCGCAACACCAGGAUGUAUGCUGCAAAUGGAGCCAAAAGCCCUGUUGGUUCAUUGUAGUGGCCAUGUUGGGUGAUUUCAGGUCUGCUGUUUGAAAUGAAUGGUAGGUGAGCUGCAGUCAUUCAACAUGGCUGCUACUCAAUUUAUGGAACCCAGGCUUCCACCUUUGUUCACUGUGUACAUCUGUGCGCCACGGCUCUGCCAAACAGCUCCUCAGUGGGAGUGCCAAAUGUGGACACCCCACCGAUCAGAUAUUGAUGGCCUAAGUUACAGAAAACAAAUAUAAGACGAAACUUCUGCAAAGAAUUGUAUUAAAGAAAAAUGCCUCUAAAUCUCCUUGUUACUAUUUUCCCUCCCACAUGCUACUUAUUUAUUUUUAGUUCAUUGCAUAUAUCUAUCUUUAGAGCUGAGAUGUAUGUUGAACUCACAAAGGGAUCAGGUUAGAGACUCUUUAAUUUUAUAGAGAAAGCUUUCAGUUUUACCCCAGUGCUGGAUUUAACUGCAGAAGCCGCAUCAGGUUGAUCAAGACAGCAAGACAAUUUACAGCCUGCUGUGCAUUGUUCGGUCUUUACACCAGUCUUAGUGCACCUCUUCUUGCCCUUGCUUUUUUUUUUUUUUUUUAGAAGCAGCAUGUCACCUAAUCCCUCAGUGAGCAGGUAAUCCAUGUUUCUCAAGGUGAUUUUGUUGUGAAUUGAGUGAAUGAUAAAUGCAGGAAGCAGGAGUAGUAACUCGUAAAGUUGGAAAGACAUUUUUUUUUUCUCUAAUACUUUACAGAGGUUUGAUUGUAAUGUUAAUAUAUGCAAAUUUAAUUUAAAAGGACAGUGCUAAUUUAAAUAUUUUUAAUUUUUACAAGGUAUAUUAAAUGCUUCUCCCCAUAUGAAGCGUAAAGUUCUUUGGAAUGCAAAGGUCCAGUCCAUGCUGACAUUGUUACUCGUUUAAAACAAUCCUGGUCUAACAAAUAACAUAACACAAAUAAUUAUGGUUUAUUCAUUCACCUCAUAUUUGAUUUGAUAAAGACCUGUCUGCCCAAAGUUUUGAUAUGCUUUUCAACCAAAUAUUCUUGUUAAAUUAAAAUAUGUUGACAAAGUAGAAGAA